CAGCUCAUACUUUUAAGUGUCAAGUUAGAGCAAUCAUCCUAUCAUUCAACAGACAAUACGAUCUCUUCAUUUCACUCAGUAACUGUUGUGUGAUUCAAAUGACUCUAUCAAAUAUUUUUGUAAACGUCGAGUCUAGAUAUAUUCAAUCAAAUAUUAAAUAUGCUUUUUAGAUUUUUCUGCCGUGAGCGUAGUGUAAAAAAAUGGUCCUGUCACUUCAUGACAUUAGCCAGCUAUGUACGAUCUACUUUUUAUCCUUUCUUCUUAUCAUGGGCUUAAUAGGGAAUUCAAUCAACAUCAUCGUUUUCGCAAGUGUGCAUAACUACCGUACGAAUCCUUCUACAUUCUAUUAUCUUAUUGGUUCAAUUCAAGAUAUUUUCAUAAUGUUCAUUAAUCUAGGUAUACAUAUUGCAUUUGACGGAUUUGGAAUUAACUUAGGUGUUACUGCAGUGGGUUGGUGUAAGGUCAGAAAAUAUUUUAGUAUUACACUUAGUUUUAUUUCUUUGUGUUAUUCGUGUUUGGCCACUAUUGAUCAAUUUUUCGCAACAUCAUCAGAUAUUCGUUUACGCAACCUGACCUAUCGAAAUGUUCAACGAACAACUACUCUUGCUGAUCAAGGAGCUCAAAAACAAUUGACAAGAAUGAUUUGUUUGCAAGGUAGUUUUUACGUAUUUCUCAUAGCUUCUAGUCGUUUUCGUCGAACAGUAAGAAAGAAAAUCUUCGGUUGCUGCUGGACAAAUCAGAUUAUUCCAGCUAGUCAAGCAUGA